AAUUACCUGUCUACCAGAACUGAUGUUAGCGCGUGUUGGAGAGCACAUGCCACGUUGGGAGAAGAGCCAAGUCUGAACUCAACUGCCUUUACGCCAGCACCAGAAGCAGGAGCUCGCGAGGACCAUUUCAAUUACGUCCGCCUCCAAAAGAGAAAAGAGAAAAGAAAGAGAAACUCGGCCAGGUGGUUCUGACAGACCUCCGACACAACCUGAGCCCGCUGAGGAUCUGAAAGAGUCGCGAGGAUGCACUUGUUGUCCGCCAGCUGCGUGUGUGCCCUCCUCAUCACCGCGCUCCUCCGCCAAGUCAGCGGUCUGGACACUGUUUCCGGCCUGUAUGGGGAAACAUUGGAGAUCCCGUGCAACAAUGGAGCCAUAAAAGCAGAAGACAUCCUGAUCACCAAAUGGAAAUAUGACAAAGGAGAGGGGCUUCCAGGAGACCUGCUGGUCAAGCAGAAAAACCAGAAUGUCUCAAUCAGCCCCACUGAUGAAUACAAGGGCCGCGUGAGCAUGGCUGCAAACUCCAGCCUGCUGCUCUCUGCGGCCAAGCUGACCGACCAGCGGACUUUCACCUGCAUGGUGGUGGCUGGCGCCGACAUCACAGAAUACCCAGUUAAUGUGGUGAUCUACAAGAAACCCACAAGCCUGGAGAUUUCUGACAAAGCGGAGGAACUGGAGAUUGGCAAACUUACAAAGUUGGGAACAUGUGUUGCACAAGCCGCCAAUCCAGCUGCAAAUAUCACAUGGUUAAAGAACAACAAACCUCUGGUGGCUGAUGGGAAAGGGAUUUCCAUCCAGGCCGAGGUGCUGGUAGACCCUGUUACUGGCCUUUCCACCACUUCAUCCGUGCUGGAGUACUCGGCCGGGAAGGAGGACGAGGACGCCCAGUUCACUUGCAGCACUCAGCACGCGAUGGGUGCAGAGCUGGUCUCCUCUCCAGUGAUCUUUACUAUCACCUACUCCACAGAGAACAUCGUCCUUCAGGUCAUUGCUCAGGACCCUCUAGUAGAAGGAGACAAUGUGACUCUGAAGUGUGUGGCCGACGGUAACCCAGCUCCCACCAGCUUUAACUUUCACCUUAAGGGCGAGCUGGUGAAAGUUGAAAACGCAGACACUUACACCAUCACAAACGUCUCACGUGACACCACUGGGGAAUACAAAUGCUCUCUCAUUGACGACCCAACAAUGGAAGCGUCCAAGGACGUUACAGUGAAAUACCUAGACAUCAAUUUAAGCCCCUCUGGAAAUAUAGUCAAGAGUGCCGGUGAGACUUUGGAGGUAACUCUCCGGGCUGAUGCUUCUGGAGAAACAAAGGUCUCAUGGACAAAGGAUAAUGUUAAACUGGACAAAGAGCCCAAGUUUCCCAAGGUGACUUACUCAGACUCAGGCCGCUACGAGUGCGACGUGACGAUGGGACUCCUCAGCCGAAAAGCUUCUUUUGAGCUGGUUGUCGAAGGUGCUCCCGUUAUCAGACAGCUGUCCAAACAGCGCGGUGAAGACGGCACACACAAAGUCUUGAUUUGCGAGGCCGAGGGUUCUCCAAAGCCAGCUGUUUCCUGGAGCAUCAAUGGCACCUCGCUUGAUGAGAGUCCCUUCGUCAACGGAAAGAUAACACACAAGAUCACAGUUGUGCCCACUGCAAACCUGACUGUCUCUUGCACGGUGUCCAAUGAGUUUGGCGCGGACACCCGAGCUAUAAACGUAUCAUCCUUAUUUGAGGAUGUGAGAGUGGAUAAACAAGACCAAUUAGACGAUAGCGACCAAACCAAGAUGGUGGUCGGGGUUGUAGUCGGUCUCCUCGUCGCCACCGUGGUCGUAGGCCUGGCAUACUGGGUGUACAUGAAGAGAUCCAAGCAAGGAAGCUGGAAGACUGGUGAAAAGGAGAACGGGUCUUCUGAGGAGGAGAAAAAACUGGAGGAGAAAGUGGAGGAGAACAGCCAAAAAGCUGAGGUGUAAAGAAACCGCAACCAUCCUUUGGGAAUGUGAAAGUGAGAACACGGAACUUUUGCACAUUUCUCUUCUUCACCUCUGUCUUCGGGGAAAAAAAAAAAAAAAAAGAUCAAGUGUACAUUGGGAUGAAGACGGUUUGGAUUUGGUUUCAGGGAGAAUUUUACUAAAAAGCAUAUCCAAACACCCCCCUCGAGCCCCACAAACCUUCACCCCUCCAUUCCUAAAAAAGAAAAA